AUGGAGCUUUUUCUGGAAAAGGUUUACUUAAUACAGACGUUCAGUGCGCGGGUGCUGGAGCAGACGUGCUCAGCGCUGGCCGGCAAGCGGGUCGCUGCGCUACUCGUGUGUGGGGGCGGGCCGUCAGCGGCAGCCGUAGUGACAGCGGCGACUCGAGCAGGAGUACCAGUGCUCCGUACUUCGCCAUCGCACCUGCAUCUCUCAUACACAAUCGCUAACGAUAUGCUACCUUUGGAGAUAAGACUAGAGAUUACGGCACGGGAAACAUUACACGCACUAAGAGCUACGUUAUUACAUACGCAUUGGCACACCUUUACUUUACUAGCCGAAGAGGAUGUGUAUUCAUCUCUAUUCUUGAGAAAAGAUUUGUCGAAAAUUCUUACAACACCCCCGCUUAAUCCUAAAUGGCUUUCACUACCAACAAAAUAUUCCAAGCAUGCUAUCUUCAGGCGACUGGCAGAAGUUUCGAGACUAACAAGGGGUGUCGUCGUUUUGAUAUGCGACAUCCAUUACGCCAAAGUCGUUAUGGAUGAGGCAAAGCGGCUUAACAUGCUUGACGGACAUUUUUUUUGGCUUUGGCUCGACGCUUCUAGCGAGUUUGAUGUCUUUCGUAACAUCGCUAAUUCAACGCAGUACACCGAAGAUAACGAUAAUGACUUCGCAAGCUUUAGGGAUAAAGAAGAAGCUUUACUUUAUGAUGGCUUCGACCGUACAAAAGAAAACAAAAGCAUAAUUUUUAACGAUCUUCCAAUUGGACUUUUGGCUCUAUACCCUCAACCAAUGGUAAUUGAUCGAACAUUCAUUCGAUCUGCAGUACAAAUUACAGUGGGAUCCCUCCGUCGAGUAUUACGUGCUUGUGAUGCGUGGUCAGCACAAGCCCAAUUUUUGAGUGACGCUACGGCAUCAUGUUGGGAGGAACCUAGCGAUGCGGCUGCUGAUUUCUCUCUUGAAUUUGUGAGG